AGCGCAGCCGCGGACCAAGGGGCCGUGGAUUAGCGACGGGCCCCGCUUACAUGGGACAUCGCGGAGCCCCGCCGCCGAGCGAGGCCGCGCCGGCCGCAUGCUGGGGAGGGCACCUCCCCCGAUCCGUGGAUCUGGCGACCGCGCGCCCAGCCCCCGGGAUCGCGACUCCGCGUCUGCGCGCGCCCCCGGCCCCCUCGGCGGAGCUGCCGGCUGCCGGGGCCCUAGGUCCCGCGGCGGGGGCGCUCCCCGGAGCGCGCGCACAUCGCGGGCGGACAGAGGCCGCCAGGGCGGAGAAGGUGAACUGGCACCAGGUGCCCUACGCCAUUGACACGCUGGAGGCCGAGAGGAUCGCAGUUAAUCACGUGGCCAAGUCGGCGACGACUGCACGCGCUGGCCACUCAUCGGACUUCACGCAGCACACAGGUGGCCUUGCCAACUCGGUGGUGAUGCUGAGCGGCCGCGUCAGGGAACUCUUGGACUACAUGAAGGACGUGAAGGAGGGGCGCGCCCCAAAGAAUCACGAGGUGUUGCGGGAGAUGCUGUCCAUAUGUCAGGCGCUUCAGGCGUCCCAGCCCGACGCGCUGCGCAAGGAGUUCUGCGGGGAGUUCAACGACGCCACACUGGUGGUGCUUAUGGCCACGCUGACGAAGGCCUGCGCAAGUACAUCAGACCUCCUGGACAAGUUCAGCCCCAGGGGUCGCGUGAAGUCUAGUGAAGUCAUCUCCCUCUGAUCUCUGCUAUCCUCCCUCCCCGCCGUUCCUGUGUAUGGGAGGGCAGGGAAAUGUGGUGGGCGCUGGCGUAGAAAAAUUACCCUAGACUUGCCCGACCCCGUUUGCACGUGAGGCGACUAUUAAUUCGACCGCUUGACGUAAGAUAACAGAUUUCGACAUGUGCAACAGUCGGGAAGGCGAGACAAUGCCGGGCCACGCACGUCGCACGUGGCACGCCUGCGC